GCGGAAGUCGCUGCUGAGGUCUGGCGGGCCUUUUUAGCUUCAGUCGUCCCCGCUGCUGCUGCGUUCUUUUAUUGUCUGGCCGGGAACGAUGACUUCUGCUCUAGAGAACUACAUCAAUCGAACUGUUGCUGUGAUCACCUCUGAUGGGAGAAUGAUUGUGGGAACAUUGAAAGGUUUUGACCAGACUAUUAAUUUAAUUUUGGAUGAAAGUCAUGAACGAGUAUUUAGUUCUUCACAAGGAGUGGAACAAGUAGUAUUAGGGUUGUAUAUUGUAAGAGGUGACAAUGUAGCUGUCAUUGGAGAAAUUGAUGAAGAAACAGAUUCAGCCCUUGAUUUGGGGAAUAUUCGAGCAGAACCUUUGAACUCUGUAGCACAUUGAGGAAAAUAAACCACACAUGGACUUCUGUAAAUCUUUGUACAAAAACUGAUCAUCAUGAGGAUGGUGUGCAGAUUUUUAUGAGUAUUAUAAUGAAUUUUGACUUUGUAUCAAUUCAUUGUAAUAUGAUAUGUAAAUUAAAAUAUUUCUAUGUUCUAUUGAGAAAAACAUUUCUUGCCUAAGUCAUAGGUUUGGUAGCUUGGUUUUAUUUUUAUAUUAAAUAGUGUGAAAAUUAUUUUCAAAAUGGUCAGAAAAAUAAUCUGAUAUUUUAAUAUUUAUGAAAAUCUAGUUGUAAACUUAGCCUGAUAUACAAAGCAUACAAAUGCCGUCAAUAGUGGAGGAUACAGGUGUUUCUUUCUCUCAUCACAGGACAUUGACAAGGUAAAUUAGUCUUCCUUAGUUAUAUAAGCCAGUAUUUUUUACACCUACUCCCUAGAAUAUUCCUUGGCCACAGGUAAAAAAAACCCCACAGAAUUAUGAGUAGAAAGCAAGAUCAGAAAGUAGCCAUAAUUUUAAAAAAAUGUUGAAGCAUUGUUUUAAAACAUCUCCAUUUAUUGAUACUUAGGAUCGCUGCUUGUUAGUUUUGAAAUGGAAUAAGAUGCA